UAAAUUGCGGAGUCCAGAGCGGUUCACAAUCAGUUUACUCUCACUGACGCUGGGUCUGAGAUGGAGUACAGAGCUGAUCAAGUGAUUAUGAAUCCCGGCACUUACCCGUACCAGGGACAGCAGCAGGUUCAGACCACCGUCGUUAACGUGGCCCCAAAUGUGCUGCCCGUCCGGGACCACCUGCUCUGGUCUAUCUUCAACUUCUUCUACCUGAAUUUCUGCUGCCUCGGAUUCGUGGCGCUGGUCUUCUCGGUCAAAUCCAGAGAUCGGAAAGUUGUGGGAGAUGCAGAAGGAGCUCGGCAAUAUGCGUCUACAGCCCGAGCACUCAACAUUGCAACCACAGUGCUGAGUAUCCUGGUCUUCGUAAUCUUCAUCGCGUUGCUAUUCGCUGGCAUUAUUAGCCUGGGGAACAUUAAUCAACAUCAACUUUCCUAUGCAGCUGGGAAAUGAAGCGAAUGUGGCAGCACCUCAUUUUUCACAGUGGAAGCUGUUUUGUGACCAAAUUCUUUUCAUACUCUCCCUUUAUAUUAUUGCUUCCAUAAUAAUGUAUAUGUAGUGGCAUGUUUAAAGUAAUCACCUCGCAACAGUACAGAUUUCUUUUCUAUAAAACGUGGCCGAGGUUUGGCUUUGAUUGUAUUAAUAAAGCGAUUGAUAACAGG